AGGCCCAGAUCCUGGCCGACUUAGAAGAGGCGGUAGGCUCGAGCUCAUCCUGGUCAGGGCGGACACGGGCGUCUGGGAAGCGUCUCUUGCGAAGCCAAGGUUGACCUUGGCCUGCUGCGCUCCCAGCUAACUGGGGGAUGCUCAUUUUGCGCCCUGACCUCAGGCUGCUCCUAAGACCAGGCUGAGGACUGACCCACGACCGGGUCUUCUGUCUCCUAGAGCUGUAGAACUUCUCCCAGCCAGUGCCCCCGUGCUAGCCCAGCGGCCUUCGCCAUGGUGAAGUUGCUGCCAGCCCAGGAGGCAGCCAAGAUCUACCACACCAACUAUGUGCGAAACUCGCGCGCCGUGGGGGUGAUGUGGGGCACGCUCACCAUCUGUUUCUCGGUGCUGGUCAUGGCCCUCUUUAUCCAGCCCUACUGGAUAGGUGACAGUGUGAGCACGCCACAGGCUGGCUACUUUGGCCUGUUCUCAUACUGUGUGGGCAACGUGCUGUCGUCGGAACUCAUCUGCAAGGGGGGCCCUCUGGACUUCUCCUCCAUCCCCUCCAGAGCCUUCAAGACUGCCAUGUUCUUCGUAGCUUUGGCUAUGUUCCUCAUCAUCGGCUCCAUUAUCUGCUUCAGCCUGUUCUUCGUCUGUAACACAGCCACGGUCUACAAGAUUUGCGCCUGGAUGCAGCUGGCUGCGGCCACAGGCCUAAUGAUCGGAUGUCUGGUCUACCCAGAUGGUUGGGACUCCAGUGAGGUGCGGCGUAUGUGUGGUGAGCAGACGGGCAAGUACACACUGGGCCACUGCACCAUCCGCUGGGCCUUCAUGCUGGCCAUCCUCAGUAUUGGAGAUGCGCUCAUCCUCUCCUUCCUGGCUUUCGUGUUGGGCUACCGGCAGGACAAGCUCCUCCCUGACGACUACAAGGCAGAUGGGAAUGAGGAAGUCUGAAGAACCAAGGUGCUGACAAGCAACUCUUCCAGCAGGCCAUUACCUCUGUGGCAAGGAAAAUUAGAACUCGGAUCUGUCAGAGAUGAAAAUUUCCCUUCGGCUUCCUGUCCUUGGCUCCUCCAGACCUGGGGCAGAGUCUCAGCACAGGGCAGAAGCCCCUAGUCUCCUGUUGCCCAGACAACUGUCUGCAGCAUACAGUUCCUAUAGAAGUGCAGUGAUCCACGUGGGGACACUCAGGGGCUGAGUGGCAGAAGGGUGCUUCCUCAGAGACCCUGGUUUCCUUCCUAGCUAAGGAUUCCCACCAGCAAACCAUUUUAUUCUUCGGUGGCCUCUCUGCUGUACGUUAGGUUUGUGAGUUCACGUCUAGACACCCGAACGGGAGCCUUCUGCCUUCUGCAGGGCCCCUCUGCCUCUUCCCUGCUCUCAUGCUGUCUCAGAGAAGGGCGGGGAACAGAGACCAAACCCAGGAUCAGAUUCCUAAGCUCAAUUUGACUUCACAUUUCCCACAGUGCUCCAGCUGGAACCAGCUCCUAGCUUCAUGAAAAGUAGAUUUUCACAGGACUACGUGGCACUUUUGUGAGAAACUUGGGAUUGAUCAGAUGGGUGGUUGUCUGCUGGCUUCAGUUUAGGUGACAGUUCACUGAAGCAAAUGGCAGCACUACUCCCUGCAGGGGGAGCCUGUUAAUGACCCUGAGAAACAGGAUCUGGGCUUCCCCCACUUAGGAGAGCUGCCCUCUCAGGUGAAGGGGGUACAGUCAUCCCUUGACAACCCACCCAGGGUGCUGCUUCCUCUGCAGUUCAGAGAGGCUUGGGAGAGCAUCCAAGCUAUCCUUGAAUGGCUGGUGACAGUGCUGGGAAGGCAGUUCAGCGGGGACAGCACCUGCCCUGCAUGUGUGUAGAAGACACUGCCCGUCCUCAGCACUCGAGGGAAAACAGCAUAUAAACUACUAGAAUGGGAUUUGAAUGGGAUUUGAUUUUGUCACCUGGUCCACAGCAGCUGGCUUGCUUACAGAAAUGAUCACACCCAUGUUCUUUUGCUAAUACAAUUUUUCAGUUUACAGUCAGGCCCUUAGCGCAGCACCCUCCCUUACUGUGUGUGCCACCCAUAGUGGACUCCUAGGAGGCCAGACGUUUCCAGGAACCACUCUACUCUCAAGUUCUCCACAAUGAUGAUACCGUGAUGAUCCAAAGAAGCUCCUAGGUGCGUGACACACCUGCAGGCCGGCUAAUCCCUUAGAACCGCCUUUUUGCUCUACCUGAACGGAGACAGAAUCCAGCCUCACCGCCAACAAUGAUUAUGGUUCUUAGCGCUGUUUACGCAGAUUUGCCUUUAAAUUCUCAAUGUCUCUAAUAUCAUUCAUCCUUGAAAAUAUGCAGAAUAAAAACAUCAGUGAAACU